GACCACUCCAGGACCACUCCAGGACCACCCCAGGACCACUCCAGGACCACUCCAGGACCACUCCAGGACCACUCCAGGACCACUCCAGGACCACUCCAGGACCACUCCAGGACCACCCCAGGACACCGCCGCUUCCCCUCUGCGUCCUCUCCACGUGCCCACCAUGGCUCAGAGCAUCGUGCCCCUGGUGGUCGUGUUGCUCGCCGGCUCGCUGGCUCUCAGCAACGCGAACGGAAGUGGCGGUGGAUUUAACAACCUGGUGAACCCGGUAUUCUGUCAGAGCAAGGCUGAUGGUCUGUACGCAGACCCCUUAGACUCCCACAGCUUCUACCACUGCUCCAAUUCCCAGACGUACCGCAAGCAAUGCCCAGCCAACCUGGUGUUCAACCCGGCCAUCAGCGUGUGCGACUGGCCCGUUCCAGAAAAAGUCGCCCCAGUGACCACCCAGGGAAUCACCGUACCACCGUUCGUGGCGAACUUCUGCGAGGCCAAGGCGGACGGCAUGUUCGCAGACUCGCAGAACAGCAACGCCUUCUACCACUGCUCCAACCACAACACCUACCACAAACUCUGCCAGCAGGGCCUGGUGUUCAACCAGGGGCUCGGAGCUUGCGUGUGGCCAAGCCAAGGAGUCUAAGUUGGAGUCACGGGACUUCCAGGCGGUGAAGGCGUCUCCUACAAUGUCACCAUCAUCAUCACCAUCAAUUCACUACUAACAUAAUCACCACCACCAUCACGACCACAUCACGACCAUCACCAUAAUCAUCGUGACUACUAUCACCACCACAUCACUAACAUCACCACC